AUGGUAGUUAGCAGUUUAAAGGUUCAACCAUGUCUUAUCCAGUCAGAAAUCCACGUUGGAUAUUUCGUGGCAACUUCGACAGAGGCAGUAAUGACAUCUGAGGAUUCGAAAUCUCAGAAUUAUUCAUCGUUCACAGAGCCCUUUUCUCCUUGUAUCCAGACGGAAUAUGUUCGCACCGUUGGAGAUUCUCUCGGACUUGUUAAUCUCACGCCAGCUGCUCUCCAGUGCCUUGCAGACAGUUUAACGGAACUUUUAACUCGCUGCUCGAAGGCAGCGCGUAAAUUAGCGAUUCAUGGUCGACGAAGAACAGUACUGGCUGGUGAUGUACAGAACGCCCUGCGUAUGAUGUGCAUUCCGGUUCCUACAGCAUUUAUGGUCCCGCCACAACCUUCCAUGCUACAACUGCGUAUGCCAGCUGGAGAGCAACUAUAUAUCAAGGAUAAUGUGGAUCUCAAUAUGCCGUUACGAGCACAGCCUUCCCAAACCAGAAAUCCCAGCGAACGUCAUAUUCGUAUUCAGUGGCUACGGGUAGAAAACGAUGAAUACCCACAACCACUGAAGAAAAUGAGGAUGGCGCUGCCAGGAAACGAUUUCACCUCUUCUCGUCUUCCGGCUGCACUGAGAAAAAGGACCUUACUACAUCCUGAAAUCGUUUCACCAUCACUUUCGUAUCGUUUGGCCGCUCAGGGAUUGCCAAGAAAGGAACGCAUUUUGCUUAACCCCUUGCCUCCGGAUCCCUUGUCAGUGGAAGAACAGAGAUACCUUAAGGAAGUUGUUGAAGCUUGUGUUGGUGUGGAUCGUGAAAAGCGUCGAAGAGCUCUUCAGUCUCUCGAGCGAAAUGCAACGCUUCAUGUGUUUCUACCACGAUUAUCGCGCUUGUUUCAUACAUCUGUUCGUUGUAAUAUUGUCCUUCGUUCUCUCUCCAUGCUGAUUUACAUUGUACGAAUGAUGAAAGCGGUUGCCUUUAAUGCCUCAGUGAAGCUAGAUGGGGUGCUUCACGAAUUUUUGCCAUCGCUGAUCAGUUGCAUGGUAUGCAGAAUUUUAUGCGAUCGACCAGAACUGGAGGAUCACUGGGUACUUCGUGAUGUUGCUGGCAGCACUCUGAUCAAGAUCUUAAAAGAUCACGGCACGGAAAAUAUUCGUCGCCGUUCGUUUCUGUUCGUGAAGAAAGUUUUUUUUGAUUCAUCAUCAAGUUAUCCUAUGAUCUAUGGAACAAUUGCGACUCUACUAGAGCUUGCUCCACCGGACGAACUAGUUCGUUUGCGUCUGCGCUUCAUGACAUUACUGGAGAGAACUCGUUCCGCUAGUAUAACAAGUGCCGACCAGCAGGAGCGAAUUGAGGCUCGUAAGCUCUACAGGGCUCUAUCAGUAAGAAAUGUGUUCACUUGCAUCGAUCACAGCCAAGAAUGCAAUUUUCGUCUCGAACUUCUCUUUCGGACACAGUUUUACGGGCAUCGUCUUGGCGACCGAAGGCAUGUCGAUCCUGGAAGUUUUUUCUCACAGUCGACAUUUGUGGCACAUCUUUAA